UACGCAAUAAAUCUUGAAUUACGAACAAAAAUAGGUGUCUUCAUUUUAUUGCAAAAAAUUAAAUGUUACAUUUGAUACAUAUUGUGUAUAAUAAAAUGAAGUACAAAACAGUUCCGUGGGAAGAUUCACACAUAUAGUCUGUUACAGUAACAGCUUGUAUGAUUCAACAGUACCAAAAGUUCAUAUGUUUCGCUUUAAAUCAACUUAUUGAAAGGAUUGAAUGUGUAGUAUAAGGUGCAAGAGUGGUAUUGUGUGUUACUGUACGACCAAGCACCGUGCAUGUGUAAUGCUCUUGUAUUAACUUAAAAAAAAAGACAUUUUAGAAGAAGAAAACUACAAAUUUGUUGAUAAAAUAUCUUUAUAUGUAUAUAUAUACAUAACUAUAUUAUUCCAAGUGAUUAUAUACAUCGUCUAUAAAAAUACGAAUUUUGACAUCUUAGAUUAAUUGGAGACAGUUCAAUUGGUUCAAUGCAUGUUGUAUUUUAUUAUAGUGCAGUAAAAUAUUGAGGAAUGGCUGAAAAUACUACUGCAUCGAAUGCAGAGGAAAAAACUAUUUCCUCGGCUAUGACACAGUGUUAUGAGAAUUAUAUUAUAGUCGAUGUUGGUGCCAAUCUUACUAAUAAAAAGUAUAGCAGAGAUUUAGAUAGUGUAAUUCAAAGAGCAAAGGAUGCAGGAGUACAAAAGAUUAUGGUAACAGGCGCAAGUAUCCGUUCUAGUAAAGAAGCAUUAAGAUUAACUAGGAUAUAUCCUGGUACUCUUUAUUCCACCGCUGGUGUGCAUCCUCAUGAUGCAAAAUCAUGGGAAAAUCCUGACACUUUACAAGAACUUGAAAGCAUAGCUAAUAAUCCAGAAUGUGUAGCAAUAGGGGAAUGCGGUUUAGAUUAUAGUCGUGACUUUUCUGACCCUGAGACACAACGUGCUGUAUUUCACAAACAAGUGGAACUUGCAUGUCAAUUAACUAAGCCACUUAUAAUACAUGAAAGAGGUGCUCAGACAGACGUUCUAGAAGUUCUGAAUCACUAUAAAAGUUGCUUACCACCAGUCUUAAUCCAUUCAUUUAUUGGAACUGCAAAGGAAGCACAAAUUUAUUUAGAUCAUGGUUUUUACCUAGGAAUUACAGGAUAUUUGUGUAAAGAUAAAUCUGAUAGUGGAAUAAGACAGCUAUUAGAAAAAAGACUUGCACCUUUAGACAGAAUAUUAGUAGAAACAGAUGCUCCAUUCAUGUAUCCUAAUACUAGAGCCAGUAAAUUACCUGUACACGUUAAAGAUGCUCUAACUGAACGAUCCAUGACAUUUCUUCAUCGUUAUUGUACUUUCCAGCGUAAUGAACCAUGUGCCUUACCAGCAAUAGUAGAAAUGGUAGCAGCAUUUAUGCAAAUUACCCCAGAAGAAGUUGCCUUAGCUACUGCUUUCAAUGCUUUAAAAUUAUUUGGUCUAAAUCAGUGAUAUUAAUGAUCAUUUUUUAUUAAAAAAUGGUGCUACUGGGUGCUAUUUGAUAUUUUAAUUGUUCUAUUAUCAAUAUAUUCUCUUUCUAUAUUUAAAAGCAUUAUUUGUGUUUUUCUAAAUAUGUCUUUCAUAACAAUUUCAAGUUACACAUACACAUAUACACACGCGCGAACACACACACACACACACACACACACAAAGCUUAUCAACAAUUGUAGAAGAAUAAGUAUAUCAUAAAACUUUGUUUAUACAUUAAUGAUUAUUAUCGUCAGAAUAUAUGUUACUUAUAUUUAUAUUAUUUUUAUGCAAAAAUAUUCAUCAAUGCAUAUAAAAUAUUUUACCUACAAUAUAAUAAAAAUUUUGUAGAGAUAUGUAUGAAAUAUAUAGAAUCUGAAAUCAUACAUUUUAAUUGUUGAUGUUAUAAAUAUUUUCAUAUAAAUAAAUUGUUA